AUGGCUCCAGCCGAGACUCGCAAGACUCAGGCCUUGAUAGUAGGUGGAGGUCCUGUCGGGGUCUUCACUGCCUUGAUCCUCGCUCGGAAUGGCAUCGAGAUCACGCUUGUCGAGGAGAGAGAAGAAGUCGACAUGGCUCCCCGGUCGAUGGCCUUCCAACCCAGCGCCCUGGCCGAAAUGGUCGAGGCAGGGGUAUACGAGGAUGUGUACAGGGACAGCGUGAAAAACGCCGUCAUCUCGUGGUGGAAAGCGGGCCACGGCUACAACAAGCAGCACCUGGCGACAAUCUCGACCACCGAAGGCGACCAGCCAUUCUUGACCGGCUUGAACUGCUCGCAGUCCGACUUCACCAAGAUCGUGCUGCAGCAUCUGCGGAAGGAACCCACUGCCACGGUUCUCUUUGGGCAUAGGAUCACCAGCAUCCCGCACUCCUCUGGCGAGAGUGUGCGUGCCACCGUCGCAAAAGCGGGGGCCCAAGACGCGGCACUCGACAACGUCAUGGAAAUCGAGGCAUCGUGGCUCAUCGGGGCCGAUGGCGGACGGAGUCUGGUGCGUGCCGAAUGCGGCAUUGCGUUCGAGGGCUUCACCUGGCCCAAGGAGCAGUUCGUCGCGACCAACGUUUACUAUCCGUUCGACAAGUACGGCUUCACGAACAGGAACUUCAUCAUCGACUCGGUCAACUGGGCCGUCGUGGCCAAGAUCAAUAACGACGGUCUGUGGCGAGUCGCCUACGGGUCCAAACCGGGCAUGACGCAAGACCAAAUCCUGGAGGAGCUGCCGGAGCGGUUCAAGAACUUCUUGCCUGGCCCGGGCGAAGGGUACACGGUUCUGCAGGCAAACUCGUAUCGUCCGCAUCAACGCUGUGCCGCCCGUUUCCGGAAAGGCCGUGUGAUAUUGGUUGGCGACGCUGCGCACCUCAACAAUCCCAUCGGCGGGCUGGGCUUGACGACCGGCAUCCUGGGUGCCGGACCCUUGGCAAGAGCCUUGUCGGCCGUCAUCAGUGGCAAGGCGCCGGAGUCUCUGCUCGACAGGUGGGAAGAGUUGCGUCGGAAAUCCUGGCACGAGCAGACGAACAAGCAGUCGAUCGAGUUCAAGCGCAUCGCCCAGCAAGGCGGGCACGGGGCCGAUCCCGACGGCAUUUGGAAGCACGACGACGUGGCCGAGAAGAACGGCAUGAUAGCCCACAUGGUCAACGCCAAUCCCGAUGCGAAGGAGAAGGAUGAGGCUCUUUACAGGGCUCUGCAAAACCCGGAGAAUGGGCGGGCAAUGCGCCGCAGGGUGUGGGGGCUGGCUCUUCCCGUGGACUGGAUGGCCGACUAUGAGGACCCCGACGUUGUCACACGCCGGGGAGACCUUCGCCCAGUCGAGGCCCCAAUCCGUUCGGGUAGCAAUUAG